GCAGUAUCACGUCUUCUGAGGCCUGCAGUGUUGGAGAUGUUUCUAGAAGCUGUGAAGGGAAUGGGGCAUUUCUGCUCUGAUGCCCAGCUCAAAGACUUGGACCUCCUCUCUCAUUCAGUUAAGGCCCAAUGGGAGGAAUGUGCCACAGCAGCUGACCGUUCAGUGCAUCUGAAAGCCUGAGAAGAAUGGAAGAGAGUCUGCAGCCUGCAGAGAGUGUUGUUCUCAGUACCGCCCACCUGAAGACAGACACAAAAGGAGUGGAGAACAUUCAGCACCACACAGACCCCACAAGUGACUUGGCACCAUGCCAAGACAGCAGGGGGGGAGCAGUCAAGGAUUGUGUCCUGUUGAGAGAAGCUGUACUGCUAGAUGACCUAAGCCUUGCCCACUCACAGGCCGUUGUCCAGACCAACAUCGUGGAGAUAAAACAGAUACCAGAGAGAACCUUCAUCCACCCCUGUUCUGCACAGGAAGAGAGGGUUACAGAACAGGAAGCUAAGAGCAGUUACUGUUCUGCACAGUCAGUCCUUCAGCAGCAGCUGCUUAACAACAGUCAGCAGCUGGGAACAGAGUUUCCCAUCAGCCCCGCCAGCAGCACCGGUAUCUCUGCUGAUUCACUGAGAAGUCAACUCCAGCACCUACUGGCUCUUAAGGACCAGACGGAGGGUCUGUGGUGUGAGUUUGAGCUUCAGCAUUCUCAGAGCUCUCAGCAUAUGGAGGAUGGCUGUAACGUGGAACAGGAGAGAUCUCAGCUCAUUCAACAGUGGAAGGGACAACAGAUGUGCAUUCAGGCCAGGAUGAAGUCCCUUGAAACUGCAGUAAAGCUGCUGGAGUCAACUGACGUACAGAUCAGACUGAUUUCUGAUCAGCUCAAACAGAUCAGUCAGAAACCUCUGAAUAUCAGAAACUUUGCAGUUGCUGAUGCCAGAAAUCUACAUGAAGACCUAAAGCGUCUGGAUGAAAGUAUUGAGAAAGAGCUGUUUCUGCUUAAGAGUGAAGGUUCAGUUAGUGACUCUGCUGAUCUGAGUCACAUUGAGCUCCAAGCCCGUCUCCCCCUGCAGCAAACUCUCCACGACCGCACAAAAUGCCUGGAGCAGCAAAGACAAUGUCUGAGAAAAAGUGAAUCAGCCCUGGUGGCCCUCGAGAACCUCCUUUUCCAACUCCAGCAGGUGAAUCACGACCUUACUGCAGCUCACAGAACAUCAGACCGCAGCUACAGCUUAGUCUCCAUCCAGCGGAGCCUUCAACAGGCCAGGGAGGAAUCGAUUCAGCUAGACCAAAUACUAGAUGAUGCCGGUAUGGGAGUAACUUUGGAUGAUAAACCAGGCAGCUGUCAUGAGAUGGUGUCAGCUCUGGCUCUGCAUGCAGAAGAGGUCGAGACUAAACCGGCUAUAGGGCCGAGGCGGUCUGACAGAGGUGGGAAAGGAAGAGAAAAAGGAGAGCAGAGAGUGUUUGGUAGGAAGAGAAUGGGCCUGCAGGUCACCCUGAGGGAGGUACUGGCAGCACUGGAAAGACACGGGCUGAAGGAACCCACACUUCCUGCACUACAGCACAGGUUACGCUUCCUGACAGACAUGGAGAGUAAACUGGUUGCACUACGCUUAGAGAUUCAGGAUCUGAGAGAUACAUGUGCACAGACAAGCACCUCAGACACGAGCCUCAGUGAGCUGCAGAUGGAAUGGGAAAACGCCCACAGAGCAGUCACAGAAAGUCUUGAGCAAUGUGUAUCUCUGAUUGAACUACUUAAGAAGUUCCAGAACUGCCGAAAUCGUUUGGGAAGCACUUUGCAGAGAGCAGAGCAGACUAUUGCUGAUCAGGCCUACUACAUGGGCAAAGACAACCUACAGCUCCUGAUCAGCAAGGUGACCAGUAUAAAGUCAGAUCUCAGUGGUCUUGGGGAUGGGGUGGAGGAGUUCAGAGCUAUGUGCAGACAGCUCCAGUCUCUGAUGAGAAGGAUCCCUGACUGUAUAGACGCCCCAUUUGAGAGUGAGGCUGACACCCUCAUGGACCGCUGGCUUGAUGUCACUGAGAAGACAGACUGUCAUCUGGACAACCUUCAAUCUGGGCUUUCUCUUUGGGAAAAACUCCUUCUAUUGGCUGGAGAGGUGGAGGACUGGAGCACCCAAAAGCUGAUGACACUUGCUCAGUCACACCCCUUUCAUACGGAACUUGAAGUGUCUGCCAUGCAGGAUGAGCUGAAGGUUCAAGAGGAGAACAUUGAACAUUUCCAUCGCAGAUCUUCAGAGAUCCAGGAGCUGCUGCAGAGUCAUGAGUUCCCACUGGAGCUGCAGGUGAUUGAGAGCCAGCUGAGGAAGAAGAUGGCGGAGGUGAUGGAGCUCUUUUCUGAGACAAGUGAUGUUUUUAGACAGCUGGAAGCUGCCAAAAGCCAGGUGGCAUCUGAGAUCGCAGAUCACCUGUCCUCCAUCCAGACUAUCACAAAUACUCUGAGCACACUGACCACUGCUGAAAGCCCACAAGUCCUCAACAUCAUCCAGGGCUUGUUGGAGCAGCUUCAAACUGAGGCAGAGCAGUCAGAUGCGUUACUGCAGAAGAUAGACCUUCUGGCCAGCAUUGCAGGUCUAGAAAACCUGCAGGCGCUGGCUAAAGAUGGAGCUCACCUUCAAGAAAGCAUCUGCACAGCCAGAGAGCUGGUCAUAGAGAAGAGAGAGCAAGCAAUGAACCCCAACAGGCCUGAAAAUCAGAUGGUCCAAGACCCUGAGCACAUUAAACCCCAGAUUAAAAAAUCUGAAUAUACAGUGCUUGAGUUACAGUCAAAAUCCAAAGGUAAAACAGAGGAACAGUCACAUGGACGGAAGACACUUGAUGCUCUUCUUGAGGUGAAGGACUUCAAAGAGCAGGCCUGCAGCUGGGCCAGUGAACUGCAUCUCAAGGGGGAUUUUCAGGUUUCUGAGGAUGGGAACAGACUGGUCACACUUGAGGAGAGACUCACAGCUGUACAGGCCGUAGAACAAGUGGAAAGAAACCUGGAGGUUGAGAAACUGUCUGAAGUCCUGCAGACAAGCUGUACUCCAGAGGGUCAGUCUACUCUCUCCCAGGACCUUCAGACUCUGUUUGGAAAGUCAUUAGACCGGAAGAAGAUCUUGGAGGAUGAGAGGACUCGGGAAGGGGACUCUGAUCCAGUUCAGAGCUCUAUACAAUGCAAUGAACCUCAGCAGCCUGGAGUAUCCACAGAGGAACAGUCAGUUCAGGUUGCCACUGGCAGUGUAGUGGAUGACUUGUAUCAUAAAAAUGUAAAGGUCAUGCCCACAAAGGAAAUCAGUGGAACAGAAGAUACAUCAUGUUUAUCUUUCUCAAUACAACAAGCAAUCGCAGAUGUUGAGAACAUCCCACCAGGCCAUGGCACAGAUGAUCAGCAGUCUAUGUCUGGAUCUGAAGAGAGGGGUGAAACUGGAUCUGUAAUAAGAGAAGAUGCCAAUGAAUCCUCUCAUGACUCAUCUUGUGGAAGCCCAAAGCCAGUCUUUACCAUAGUGCUGGACUCUGAUCUUAUCGAACCCAACCAGAGCCCAUUGGCACAAGCUACCCCAGCUUCUACAACUACUGUUUCAGUUGUUCAUGAUAGGACCACAGAGAGAUCAGAGGAUGGUUUGAAACUCUUGGAAGCCAAACCAAAUGUUGAUGCAGCUGUAGAUGAAAAACAUCCUGUAAUAUGCUCUUCUGAUGAGCCUGUUCAUUUAUGUGCUGACCUUUCCACAUCAGAAGCGCAGUUUAAUGAAAACAACCACACUGAUAAUGUUGAACCCACUCAUUCUCCUUCAGACCUUGAUUUCAGGCCUAAACCUGAAAAGGACUCAUCUACUCAAGCAUUUGUCCCAAUGGUUUCAUACCCAGAGAACCAUCAUGCAAGCUCUGGAAAUGCAAAGAAAGUAUUUACCAUCAUCCUUGAUGUUGAUUCUCCUACAUUAUCAUCAGACAGGUGUCACUUAUUGUCAUAUUAUAAUGUAUCGGGUUCUGAAGACUCAUCCACAGAUGAAUUCUCCCAGUUAGAUGUAAAACAUCAACAGAGGAGCUCUUCUGGCACUGAGAAACCUGAAGGCCAAGAGGCUAAAGAAGGCCUUUCAGAGAAGGACAAUGUGAAAUCAAGUAGUUCUGAAACACAGCCAGGACAGGAGGAAGCUAUCCAGACCAAAACCCAUGAGAUCAUGGAGAUUGACAUUCGAAAAGGUGAAAAAGAGAAGCAACAUGAAAUCAUAAAAGCAGAAACAUCAAGCCAAAUGGAUGUCCACACUGGAAAAGACAAUGAUUUGGGCUCUAUAGUUAAUCAGAAAGAUGUGACAGUGUUGGAGAGUCAUGAUGAGGGUGAGAAAAAAACAUUUGCAGAGCCCUCAACUGAAGCAAACAUACUUCAAAAGCCUUCAAAUGUUGCUAAAGGUAGGAAGAAGAACAAGAAAUCAGCUGGUGUGAAACAAGCAAGCAAUAUCAGUAGUAGAAUGCUGAAGACAUCAAGAUCUGAACAGAAGAACACAACUGAUUCAGAAAACCUUCAAACUUCUGAGGUCAGGCCGCUGGACAUCACAGAUACUUCACUGACUGUGUCUUCAGACUGUAGUCAGCCAAACAGUACAAAGCCAUUGAGUACAGAAGACAAAGUAACCAAAGUUAUGGACACUGUGCAGGAAGAGACCUUGAAUCGUCUGCAAACUGAGACUAAGGAUGAACAAUUUGAGACUGUACAGUCAGCACACACAGAGGACUCAGAAACAAUGCUAACAGAUGCUUCACCCGUUAUGAGAGCUGAAUGUAUAGCACAAAUUCCUGCUGCAGUGCCGUCAAAGUCACAGCUCCGUCAUGCUGAAGCUCAGAGGAUGGAUGAUUCAGAUGGCAGUUUCCCUUUGCAGUAUGAAGAAAUGCACAGAGCCAAUUCAGAUCUAUCUACCAGAAGCAAAUCAUCCAAAAACAGAGGAUCAGAAGCAGCCGGCGAGGAUGAAACGAGCAAUGCGGAGCAUCCUACAGGGACACAUGUGUGGGCCACUUUACUAAACACCAUCACUAAUAUUCAGCCACCUCUGGUGACCAGUCACAAUUCUGAGGAAACUAGGCCAUGGAAGGAUUCCUUGUUUCGGAACUCAAUACUCUCAGAGUCUGAGAGCAGUUUGGCAUGGACUGUCCUGCAGGUUUUCAGAUGCCGGUACCGACCGGCCCAACUCAACAUUGCGCAUAUGACUCUUCAGCUAGAAGAAGCUGAGAUCUGCCAGCAAUGUGUCCUGGAUCAAGUGUCCAGACUGCCUCGGAGUAAAUCUGGUGCAGGAUGCUUUACAGAGCCUGAGCAGUGCAUAGAGGGGAGAUGGAACGCAGUACUGCUGGAUUCCUCAGCCAUGGCAGAGUUUAAAAAGGCACAGCUACAGCAGGUCACACAGUAUCACAAGCAAAAACGUGCUCUCAAGGAUACUCUAAACAACCUGGAGGUUGAGCUCAGCACACUGACAGUAGAUUGUAUUGAAAGUAGCACCCUGCAAGCAGAGAAGCUGAGUGAAUUCCUAAAGAGCAUGCAGACGAAGAGUGGCAUACUUGAAGAGCUCCUACAGACAUGCUCUCAGAUCUCAGCCCAUCUGGGUGAGUCAGAGGGACCUGUGGCCUGCAUUGAACCUGUGAGGACUUUACAGGAAAGAUGGCAGAUGUUGGAGUAUGCUGCUUCCAGGAGUCUGUGGCACAAUAAUAUCUGCGCAGCAGAAGUUUCUGGACUCCUGCAAGAAGCCAGAGAGCUGCAACGUGAACUGGAUCUUCUGGAGAAGUCAGUUCCUCUUCCGCACACCUCUCAAAGACAGAUAGACUGGCAGAGUGCGCUACAUGAGACUGCCAGAACUGCAGACCUGGCAGUGUUGAAUGAACGCUAUUUGUACCUUCUUGAGGUCUCUCAGGCUCUUUCCUCGAGUCCACUGGGAAAGAAAGAGCUUAGAGAUGUGGAGGAUGCAUUGCAGGGUCUGAAUUCUCAACUUGCUCUGAUUCAGGAGAAGCUCAGCUCUCAGACUUCGAAUGACAUUGAUUAUUCACCGAUCAUUAGGAUUAUCAGGGACUAUGUUACAUGGGCUAAACAAAUGGAAAGCAAAGUCAGCAGGAGAAGGAGGCUAUCCCUGUACCCUGAAGAGGCAAGUCACGAGGUCAAUCACUUGAGAAAACUGCAGUCCGAAACAUCUCUUAAGAAGUUUCAGUUGGCCUCUGUUUUGAAAGAGCUUAGAGAGGAAGUUACAGGGCUCGACGAGAAGGAUUCCAAGGCCAUGUUGCCCACCCUUGAUUCCUUAGAGGAUUUGUAUGUUAAAAUUUCUGAGAAAACCGAAUGUGCUGUUGUAGAAAUGAACAGAAUGUUUCAUAUUAGAGAAAGACUGUGGAAACAGAUUACUGACAGCAGCUCAUGGUUGACUUCAAUAUUGGAAAAAGAGUCUGGUAAAUCGGUGGCCUCUGAACCUAAAAUUACUAUCCCAGAAUUGAGGGUUCAGCUUCAGGUAUGCACUGAGGCUUUGAAAGAUGCUGAAAGACAAGCAAAAAACUUGGAGACUCUGAUAGAUGAAACCAAGACUAUGAAUAACGUUUUGAGUGUACCCGAAAGCUUUCAGCUUAUCAACAGGCUUACAGCCUUACAAGAAGAAGUCUCUAGAGUUGUGAACCGUAAGUGGGCCUCAUGCUGGGUGCUUGAAGAGCUCCUUCAUUCUCAGGAAUCUUCUGCUGAAGAACAGAACUUCAUUCAGAAGAGCUUGAGACAGUUGAGUGCUGAUGUCAUGAGGCAGAAGUAUCCCGUAACAAGGGACUCGCUCUCGGCUCUUGAAUCCGUUAAGCACAUGCUGAUUGAGCUCCUGUGCAAGGUGCAGGAAAUUCCACACUUCCCAGAACCUCGGAGGAAAGAGAUGCUCCAUGCUGUACUAGACCUACAGAGAAGAAUACAUCUGCUGGAGCAGCAAGCCAAAGAGCAUGAGGAGUACCUCACUUUAAGGCAGCACAUGGAGAACUCCAAAGAGGCAGUAAAGAAGAACAUGUCGCAUAUUGUAGACUUGAGUGCAGGAACUGAUGUAAGGCUCGGUGUCUGUCAGGCUGUCCUAGUAGAGCUGCCUCUGGUGAGAAUGACAUGUCAAGAGGCCGCUGACCACCUCGAGACCAUUUCGAAAGAUCUCUAUCCAUCCCAGCUGACAGCAGAAAGGCAAAAGAUUUGUUUGGUCAUUGAGCAGCUAGCUUCUUGGGAGCUCACAGUCAAAAAUGAGGCUAAAACCCUUGAGUGCUCUCUGGUGGAGCGACUCGGUAGUCCCACAGACCUCAGUCCCCUCAUGGAGCUCUUCAAUGGUGUCAGGCAGCAGCUAAAAGAAACCAUAUGCUUGGAGCCAGAUAAUACGACAAUUGAUGGAGAGCUGCGAAAGCACUGGACACUUGUCCAAAACGUUGAGUCUGUGAUUCGAAUGUUGGAUGUCUGCAGGAAAGGUGAAGUGGCUGAAAGCUACCAGAUGACAGUUGAUCUUGGCCAGAGAACUCUUAAUGAUUGCAGUGUGCAUAUGGACAAGCUGCUCAAAGCUCGGGAGGCACUGAAGCGUUACUGCUGGGCUGUUCAGGGUGCAGAGAGCUUCUUUCAUCAUAUAGAAUCCAAUCUCAUGAUUUCAUCAACUGGCUUCCAAGGCUACAAAGAGGAGCAUCGCUAUAUUCAACAGAUUUUUAGCACUCUGGUUGAGGGUUUCCAGGCACGCUUGUCUGAAGUUGGUGUUUGCAUACCCCAGCAGAAAUGCCUCUCCAUCCCUCUAACUGAGCAGCUUCAUAUCGAGGUUUUGAGUCACCUUCUGGUACAAGAUGCCAAAUUAGAAGCUCAGGCUCAACUUAGACUUGAAGUAUUACAGAGGUGCAUGAGAAACCAAACUGUGCACAUGAGUCACCAUGAAGAAAUGAGCCAACUUCUCAAAAAUGUUGAUUCUCAAAUCACAAAAUGCUCAAGUAAAAAACCGACUGAUUCUGAAGCCUGCCAAGAACAACAGCUGAAAGUAAAGGUGCUCCAGACAGAGCUGAAGAACCUCGCUAAAAGACUGGAGGAAUUGAGGGAAAGCUGCCCAGGUCGUCGAUGCAGUGCUUCUGUGGACCUAAUGCUGGGACAUCUAUGGAGAUCGUGGGCAGUGCUGCAGUGCAGAGUAGAAUCACUCAAAGCCAGCACGUCUCAUAAAGAAGCAGAGUGGAGAGACUUUGUGAUACGUCUCAAUAAAUCAAAGGAAGGUCUUGGCAGACUGCAGAAUGAUCUUCCUGACUCAUCUAUGGUGACGGGAUCCCUGGUGGAUCUUCAGGGUGUUCUGAGCCUCACUGAGCGCCUUCAAGAUAGGAUUGAGCAGGAGCAUCAUACACUUGCCUCUCUACAACACCAUGUGGCGCGAUUGCUUGGGGUCUCAAAUUUGCAACAGCUCAAAGUAUCUCCUCAAAUCUGUCAGGACUUGCAGUCUUUACAGGGUCAGUGCAGAAGUCUCAGAGAUCAGAGCAAUAACAUCUGUCGGGAGGUGCUUUCUGAGAUCCAGGAGUUGGGUCGUGUGCAGGAGGAGAUGAGUGCCAUUCAGCAGAAUGUUCUGUCUCUUUUGACGGUUUUACAGUCUGAGUCAGCUGCUGAACAACUACAGGAAGUCAAAGUGGAUUUGGUGUCACAAAAGGCUCGAUUGCAGGACGUCAUGGACAGAGUGCAGAAGAAAUGGAGCUGUGUACCAUCAGAGAUUCAAAUCUUACAGAAUGAUCUCAACAUCUCCCUGCAGGAGGCUAAGGACAAAUUGGGCAUGGUCAUCGAGAGAAGUGGUCCUCUCCAUAAAAUGGGUGAGCAGGUUGGAGAAGUGACGGUGGGCUUGAAUUGUGUGCAGGCCCUGCUAAAGCAAACAAGUCCUAAUUUUUCUGAGGCUGAACGUACACAAAAGCGUAUAUGGGAUGAGCUGGACCAGUGGCACACUCGGAUAGCUGAGCUGGAGGCUGAGGUGCAGGAUCUGGCUGAGCAACAGCCUGAGAGAGCACACGUCCUCAUGGACCAGCUCACAGAGCCACUGCAGCUCUACCAAAUCACAGCCAAACAGGCCGAGCAGAGGACCGCCCUAAUCAGCAAAAUCCCUGCCUGUCUGCAGGAGUAUGAGGGUUUACUCAAUAGCUCCAACUGCUGGUUGAAAGAGGCUCAGUCCUGGCUGGUCGCCCCAAGAACCUACACCACUGCGAAAUGCAUCCACUGCCACGCCAACUCCCUCAAGAUGACGUUGGAUGAAUCAGAGGGAUACAAGGCAGCUCUGGAGGCCUUCCUGCCUGCCCUGCAGGAGAUUAAUCUGGUGUGUGACACCACCUCUCAACAACAGCUCCUCCACCUGGGUGUACAAAAUAUCACACUUAUGCAGCAAAGCAUUCUGGACCCUCUUUCCCACCUUCAACACCUAGCGGCUGAGAUGGAUGCCAUUGAAAUGGAGGUGAAGACAAUGGAGAAAAAUGUAACCAAGAUCAGAACAAUCCUUUCCACCACUGACACAGAGAACAUUUCUCCUGAGGAACAUCUUGAGGACAUACAGGUCAUUCUGGAUAAUGUCCAGUCCAUGAAGAGGACCAUUGAUGAGAUUGAGAGCUGUCGGCCAGGCCUGGGGCUUCCUGCUGAGGCAGAGCAAACUCUCACAGCCUUCCAUCGGGCUCAAGAGCUCCUGCAGCCCAUUCAGGAACUACAGCAACUCAGUGUGGAGCGAAGUACAACGUUAAGGGCCUCUAUUGGACAACCAUCUGAAAUGAUUCUCCCUUCAGACCAAACCACAGAAUUCACAAUGCCACACUUUUACUCUGGAGAUGUGAUGCAGGUGUCCAUGGAAGGCCGUUUCACAGAGGAGGAAGAUGAAGACAGUCAGUCUUCAUCCUCAGGAACUCUCACAUGCAGUGUUCCAGAGGACCCAGAUGAGACCACAUUGGAGGAGGAAAAUAUUAAGACAGACGCUGCCUCUGCUAUAACAGAGUGUGUUGUUAAGGAAUCAUCUCCUGAAGAAGAAACUGAUUUUGCUGCAGUCAAGCAUGUAUUACAGGAGACUGACACUGGAAGUUGUUUACUGGAGCCUCCUGGAUUCUUGGAAAUGCCUGGCAUAGACAGCAGACCAGUUACUGAAGAGACAAGUUGUCUGCCUGCACUAACAUCCCAACACUUUGAAGAAUUUACAAAUGAUAGUUGUCUGAAGCCUGACAGUGCAAAUAGAGCUGAGGAAAAGCAAAAUGAGUGCCUAGAAACCAAGGUGACUGAAGCAGUAUCAGCUAAGCCGGGAACAGACACAGAAAUCACCAUGUUAAAAGCAAGUGAUGCCAGUGAAUCGAUCAAACUGUCUGAAUCUGUAGAUCUGAACAAUGUAUCUAUAAAUACAGAAAUGAGUCUAAGUGAUCAAGUGAAAAUGUCAGUUCAUAAGGAAGGUUUGACCCCAAUGCCACCCGACACAGAGGCAGUACAUGUUACUGAUGGUGAUCAGACCGAGACAGAGACAAAACCAGUAGGUGCCACAGCUCCUCUUGUGCUCUCCUCCCAGCACAAAGAAAGUAUGCCACAGGAAGAUACAAUGCUGGAAGUACAGAGAGAUCUGAUUGAGGCCAUUGUUCGUCAGAGCAGCAGCCAGUCUCAGGAACACUCAUUUCAGCACACAGCAACUCUCAGUGAUCUGUCACAGUCUGAAAAAGGAGGUGAAUAUCAAGAGAGUUUGGUCCAGCUUCUCACCUCAUUGAAAGAAACAUCUGAGACACUGGGGUCAUGUCAGGAUAUCAGUUCUUCAGAGACUAGUCAGCAUCUGUUAGAGAUUUCUGUGUCUGCGAUGAAUGCCAGUGAAAUACAGAUGAGAGACACAACCAAACUCCUCAAGGAUUUUUCAGGCAUCAAGAGUCUGCAGGGCCGCACGUGGACUUUGCCACUUGACCGGUUGAGAUCAGCAAGACAGAAUAAUGUUGAGCUCCAGAGAUGUUCUGAAGCUCAUCUGAAGGGUCUGCGGUGUCUCCUGGAGCUGGGCUCUGAGCGUCUGCUGCGCAGUCAAGAUGCUCAGCCACACAACUGCAGCCAGCUGCACAGUCAGCUCGGAGGACACAAGAAAUACUUCGAAGAUUUGGGACAGAACCUUGUAAUGGUGAAGCUGCUAUACCAUAAGCUGCCAGAGGGGGCACUGCAGGGCCAAGCAGAGGUGGAGCAGUUAAUAUCAGAUCUACAGGAUCAAGCACAAAGUCAUGGGAUCCAAAUGCAGCACAGCUUACAGGAGUGGUCUUGGUACGAGGAGGUCACUGAGAGACUGUGCAAGCAGUUGGAUGAGAUGGAGACAGACAUGUCCAGUCUGGAUUUAGAGCCGGAAGGAGACCUGCAGGGUCAGCUGGAGUCCUAUGAGAGGUUGCACAAAGUCCUGGAAGACACAAGACCUGAGAUAUGGGAGAUCCAAGACCGACUCAUGGCCUUACAGAAAAAGGGUUGCUGCUGUGAGCAGCCAGGCCAGACCUUCCCAAAAUCACGACUGUUAAUACGCUGGAAAGAUCUUUAUAAUCAACUACAGCAGAAGAUACAAUCCACACAGAAGAUCAGAAAGAAUUAUGAAAGGUUUCAGCGUGACUCAACAGAACUAGAGGAGUGGAUGAGUUGUGCUCAUGAACGGGUUCAGAAGUGGAACAGUUUCUCCGAUUCUGCUCCACUGGACUCCAGAGUUGUCUUUACCCAGCUCAUGGAGCUCUUCAGGGAGCUUGUGGUCCGUUCAGCACAGAAGGCUUCAGCAGAAAGCGCAGGCUUGCAGAUACUGCAGCUGACUGAGAGUGAAGCUCCAGGUCUGCGCAGACGACUGGCUCAACUUGAGAAGGAAUGGACAAACCUGAGUAGCAUGCUACCCACCCUCCACCAGACACAGCAACAAAUGUUGACAAGCCAGCCUCACAGUCAAGUCUUGGCCGAUUUGACCUCCUGGCUGGAACAUGUAGAGAGACGACUGGAGGAUGAAAGCUCAGGGGUCCAGUGUGCUCUGGGCUCCUCUGAGCUGUCUAGACAUCUACAGGCUUUGAAGGAUGUUAAGGCUGAAAUAACCAGUCACCAGUCGUGCGUCGACUUUCUGAACCACAAGUCUGUGGAGGGGGCGGGGUCAGUGAACGAACCCACCAAUCGCAGUGAGCGCAUCCUGUUUGCUGAGCGACUGGGUGCUUUCAAUCUGAGUUGGCUUGUUCUACAAGCCAAGAUUGACAGCGAGAUACACAAUGUUGAGGACCAGUGGCAGGCCUGCACUGAUAGAGAAAAGCGAUUGCACUGUAUGCACAGCUGGAUCUCUCAACGUAUGGAAUGGGUGAGAAACAGCUGGAGACCAGAGAGCUGCUCGCAGAUUGAGCAAACAUUACAGGAGUGUGAGGAGACGGAGGAAAGGCUGCAGGUGAAGUCCUCUGAGCUGAAGGGUUUGAGAGCUCUUCACCUGUUCGGGCUGCAGGAUGGUGAACAUCCCGGAGAUCAAGCAUUCUCCAAGAAGGUGCAUUCAGCCAUCCAGGACUGCCAAGCUUUGAGUCAACAAAUAAAUGCUCUCAGGUUAGAUUUGCAGCCAAUCAAGGAUAAGUGGGCUCACUUUGAAUCUGAAAUGAGUGCAGCAAAACUGCAAACAACCAGUGUGGUCUACAGACUGGAGCUCUGCAGAGUUCCUGUGUUCUCAUCUGAGCAGAGCCAAACUCAUGUGGAACAUUUGCAAGAGCUUGAAAGGGAACUGGACCAAUCAGAGACCUGGACUCAAUUAACUGAGGUGUUCUCUAACCUAAGAGACAAACUCAAGCCUUGCACAUCUAAACUGCUGUCCGAUCAUCUCGAGAAGGAGAGAUCUCGACAUCUAGCAGUGACUGAGGAUCUGCAUGCAGAUUUACUAAAGGCUCAGAAUGCAUUGCGGCUCUGGCAGGAAUACGAGCGUCUCACGGGAGAGUGCUGUGUUCUUCUAAAUCAGCACUGGGAGAGGCUUGGAGAGCUUAUGAGUUCUUCAGACAGAGAAGAAAUCACUGUAGAGCUGCUCAACAGCAGGAUGCAGAGCAUCAGUACUCUGGAGAAAGACAUGUCGACCUUGCAAAGCAGUGUCGGAAAAGUCCUGGAGGCCUCAAAGCUUCUCAUUGGGCAGAUGAAACCUCAGUCAGCCUCGCUAAUCAAAUCAGAAACCAGGUUGCUAUCACGUGACCAUGUGCAUCUUGGCAAGGCGCUUUCUGAGAUUGCGGCACAAGUUCAGGAGGAGCUAGAGGAGCAUUGCCAUUUCAGCACCGAGUUGAAAUCAAUGGAGCAACAACUUAAAAACUUUGAAAGUAUUUUGAGCUCCUCCACUACAAGCAUGGAAAGACUAAAGAUGGUUAUGUUGGAUCUGAGUGGGCUGAACCCUAACCUUGCUGCUCUGAAUCAAAAGAAACUCAGACUCUUCUUAAGCUCUACAGAGGAAGAGAGGUUGCAGACCCUCAACACUGAGUGGGUUCAGGUCUUUUCUCAGGCUACAGACAGACACAGAAAGAUGUAUGGAGAGCUGCUGCGUGCUCAGAACUUCCAACAGAAGUGCCAAUGCUGGAUGGAGCUCCUGGACCAAAUCGAAGCUGGUUUAUCCAAUCAGACGUCUGGAAACUAUGCUACUGUAAGAGAGCAGCUAGCUGCGCAUCAGAGGCUGAAAGUGGAGGUCCUCAUCAGCCAGCAGCUACAGGAUGCCAUGAUCAUUGAGGCUUUACGCUUCCUGGAGAGCGGUCAGAAUGAGGACAGGAGUCGUCUGAUCUUGAGGCUCACCCAACUAAAGGCACAGUGGCAGGGGACACAGCAGAGGGUCCAGCAGCAUGGGAAAUGUCUGGAGGGGCUGAUGGGACAUUGGCAGCUCUAUGAGGCAGGCUCGAGGAAACAUUCGAGGUUACUCAGACACAUCGAAGAACUUCUACCUCCGGCAGGACUGGCGCUGUGCAGCUUACAGCAGCUCCAGUGCUCUAUAAAGGACUUUGAGUGGACUCAGGAGCAACUACAGCUUCAUGAAGAACUGUACAGCCAGACUGUGGAGGCAGGCAGACAGAUCCUUCCCUUAACAGAUGCACAUACGCAUACAUGCCUGCAGUCUGAACUGGAUGCCUUCAUGGAGACGUGGGAGCGAAGCUGUGGCCUUGUGGAGAAAAGAAAGGCUCUUGCAGACACCAUAACUCAAAACUGGAAGCUCUGUGAAACUGGACUGGCUGAUUGUGCUCUCAAACUGGAAGAGAUAAAAGCAAGAUUAAAGAUUCCACUGCCAGAGAAAAUAGAAGAUCUAAAGACACAUGAGCAACUCACUAAGGAGGACGAGGGCUCGCUGCAGAUUUGGGCUGGAGGACUGAAAGAGCUGAGUACCAUGAAGGCAGACGUGUCCCAGUAUGUGCUGCCCGCAGACACCGCGCUUCUCCAGGGACAGGUGGAAGAACUUCACAGCCAAUGGGAAGAACUGUGCUUGAAGGUGUCACUACGCAAACAGGAAAUAGCUGAUCGUCUGAACGCCUGGAUCAUCUUCAAUGAUAAAAACAAAGAGCUCUGUGAUUGGCUGACACAGAUGGAGAAAAAAGUGGCACACAGGGGUGAAAACCUUAGUAUUGAGGAUAUGGUGGAGAAACUUAAAAAGGACUGCAUGGAGGAGAUUAACCUCUUCAGCGAGAACAAGAGCCACCUCAAGCAGCUGGGCAAGCAGCUCCUAUUGGCCAGCGACAAGGCUAAGGAGGCAGAGAUCCAUGGGGCCUUGCGCGAUGUCAACGACCGCUGGCAGCACCUGUUCGACCACAUUGAAACCAGGGUGAAAAAGCUGACAGAAACCCUGGUGACAGUACAGCAGUUGGAUAAGAACAUGAAUAACCUUCGCUCUUGGCUCACUCGCAUUGAGGCUGAGCUGGCCAAACCCAUUCACUACAGUAUCUGCCAUAGAGAUGAGAUCCAGAAGAGACUGGCAGAGCAACAGGACCUGCAGCGUGACAUUGAGCAGCACACUGAGAGGGUGGCGUCUGUGCUCACCCUAUGUGACGUGCUUCUGCGCGAUGAGGAUGCCUGCAGCAGCGACGGAGAGAAUGACUCCAUCCAGCACACCACGCAGCGCUUGGACCAGCGCUGGAGAAAUAUAUGCUCCAUGUCUCUUGAAAGGAGGCUGAGGAUUGAGGAGACAUGGAGACUUUGGUGUAAAUUUCAGGAGGAUUAUUCUUCGUUUGAGGACUGGCUGAAUGUAGCUGAGCGCUCCGCUGCUGAACCCAAUUCAUCAGACGUCCUGUACACUGACGCCAAAGAGGAACUCCAGAAAUAUGAGGGUUUCCAAAGGCAGGUACAUGAGAGUCUCACCCAGCUGGAGAUCAUUAAUAACCAGUAUAGGCGACUGGCGCGGGAGAACCGCACCGAUGCAGCCAGCAGUCUCAGGGCCAUGGUGCAUCAGGGGAACCAGCGCUGGGACGCACUCCAGAGGAGAGUGGCUGCAAUACUGCGGAGACUCAGGCAUUUUACAAGCCAGAGAGAGGAGUUUGAGGGAACCCGCGAGAGCCUCCUUGUCUGGCUGACUGAGAUUGACCUCCAGCUUACCAACAUGGAACACUUCUCAGAGAUCCAUCUUCAAGACAAAAUGAAAAAGCUGAAGAGUUUUAAGAAGGAGAUCACUCUGAACACCAAUAGGAUUGAUGCUCUGAUCGUGUUUGGGGAGGGUCUGAUUCAGAGGAGCCUUCCUCUGGAUGCUGUUGUGAUAGAAGAUGAGUUAGAGGAACUGCACACGUACUGUCAAGAUGUGUUUGGCAGAGUGGCACGAUUCCACCAGCGCCUCACCAGCCUCCGCCUGGAACAACCGGAUGCCUUUGAUGGUGAGCGGUCCAGAGAGACGCAGAGCACCCCUGCCUCCAGCCAGCCCUCCAUGUGCCUGUUAUCACCGCCUCAGGAGCGCUCGGGCCGUGAAACCCCCAUCAGCGUGGAUUCUAUCCCUCUAGAGUGGGACCAUACUGGGGACGUUGGCGGCUCUUCUUCGCAUGAUGAGGAAGAGGAUGCUGCGUUCUUUUCUGCUUUGUCAGAUUUAGAGGUUACAGAAAUCCCAGAAUUCUCAUCUGAGGUGACAAAGAAGUCUUUUGGAGAGCCUUUAGGACAGAAUUGGCACUUUCAAAACACGCCUGAAAGGAAAUCCUUCCAGCUGGACGACUCCUCACCUACACAUGCAAGCACUCCUUUUAAACAAGGCUACGUCCAGCUGAUGUCUGAGUGCAGCGGCAGCAUUAAGAGUGUGAAGAGGGUUUCUAUGAUCCUGGAUGAUGAAGAACAGCAGGAGGAACAAGGCCUCACUGGGCUCAGUUCUGCAGACAAACAGUCAGGAGUGAUCGAGCGCUGGGAGCUGCUGCAGGCUCAAGCAGUGAGUAAGGAACAGUGCUGCACCAAAGACCCCCAGCAGCUGACCUCUGACCUGCACGACAUCACUUCCUGGCUGGAUCGUGUCACCCCUGAGCUGGAUAGACUACAGAAACCCGAGACAUCCGCCAGUGUCAAGGUCUUAGAAGAGAGGGUCAAACAGCUUAAAGAAAUGCAGAAGACAUUUGCUCGUUAUAAGACCAUGAUGCUGUCUCUGAACCUGGGUGGGCGAGAGCUGCAGCAGGGGGCCACUGGACAUGAGCUUGAGGAAGGUCUGCGCAGCAUGAAUCGCCGCUGGACAGAGGCUUGUGCAGGCCUAGAGGGAUGGGAGGGUAAUCUACGCAAUACACUAGAACGCUGUCAGGAGUUCCAUGAGAUGGUCCACUCUCUACUGCUGUGGCUGGCCCAUGCAGAGAGCAGACGCUACACAGUGAACAUGGACGACCCUUCUUUGCAGCCCUCCAUUCUUCAGGAACACAGGAACACACUGAAGAAUCUGACAGAGGAGCUGCAGGGCAGGCAGAAGCAAGUGAGCUCACUGCAGGAGAUCGUCUCCGAGCUGCUUCCCGAGGCUGCUGGGGAGGACAGUGCUGAAGCCAGGGAAAAACUCCACGUCAUUGGAAGCAAACUACGACUGCUGUCACGUCAAGUCGAGCAGGAUCUCCAAAUGAUUCAGGAGAGAUUGGAGUCCACAACUGAUGCUGCAGGAGACAGGAAAUCCUCAGAAUGCUCUCGGUCAACGCGUGACCCAUCCCCUCAGCGUUCGUUCUUCUAUAGGGUCCUGCGAGCGGCUUUCCCUCUGCAUCUCCUGUUCCUCCUGCUGCUGGUUGUGGCCUGCUUGGUCCCUCUUUCUGAAGACGACUACAGCUGCACCCUUUCCAACAAUUUUGCCCGCUCUUUCCACCCCAUGUUACGCUACACCAACGGUCCUCCUCCCACAUGAGCCCCUCGUCAACUGUUCUCACGAUCAAUCCACGGAGCUGUUCUCAUGACUCAGACGUGCGAUGAAGCACCACACUUUUGUCCAAGCAAUAUUUUUAAUGGUUGUAUUUAUAUAAUUGGUUUUAUGCUAUUUAUUCCCCUUUGAGAGCCAUACUACUGAGAUAUUUUGUUGUUAAUGUUACGAGUUGAUCUAAAAAAUGUCCCUUUUCUUGUCACAAUGCUGUAAAGAAGUCAAUCAUUGUAUGAGCUUGAACAUAAAUCACUGUAUUUCUAGAUUUAAACACAUCAUGCACUGAUUAUAAGAGUUUGCAAGUGGAAAAGAUGAACUGUUCAGCCACAGCUUGUGGUGACAUGAUGGAUAGCUGCUAUUUUGGGAUUAUGUGGUGUCAUUUUUAAACUUUUAUAUGGUCUGAAUUAUUUGUAAACCCCAAAACAAAAAUAUUUAAAAAAUAUCAAAUGGACAUGAAACAUUUUAAUUCACCCCAGUGUAAAUAAGACAUUGUUACAUAUGUGCUGCAAGGUAGAACACAAAGUGUACAGAAAUUAAAGUUUGAAAACCUUUUACAAAUUAAACUUAUGUUCUGUUUAAAAAUAAACAUUGUCUACUUCAACAAAA